UCGGGUCGUUGUCCGGGCCUUGGAUGGGGUUUCUGCGGCCUUGCUGAGGGUGGAACGCGCGGGGCGGCCUUAGGGGUGCUCUGGUGGAGGUUUUAGCCCAGCCGGUGCUUAUUUUCCUCUCAGAGCUGCUGUGAGGAAUGUCCCAGCGGAAGCGCAGCAAAGGGCUCGGCUGCUCUCAGCUGCUCGACGGGGAGGAUGAUUCCAUCCCGACGCAGGUGGAGCGGCGCUCCCAGGAGCAGCUGAACCAGAAGGUGAGUGAGCUGGUGCAGUUCCUGCUCGUCAAGGACCAGAAGAAGAUUCCUAUCAAGAGGGCAGACAUCCUGAAGAACAUAAUCCGGGAAUACAGGGAUGCCUACUCGGAAAUCAUCAGGAGGGCGGACAGGACCCUGCAGGAGGUUUUUGGGCUGCAGCUGGUGGAGAUCGACGCCAAACGCCACAUCUACAUCCUCAUCAAUAACCUGCCCUGUGCCGAGGGCGAGCAGCUGUGCAGGGACAAGGAGAAGGAGAAGAUGGGUCUCCUCUUAGUCAUCCUCAGCUUCAUCUUCAUGAAGGGCAACUCGGUCAAAGACAGUGCUCUGUGGGAGUUCCUGCACUUGCUCCGUGUCUACCCCGGGAAGCAGCACAGCGUCUUCGGGGACGUCCGCAAGCUGGUGGCGGAGGAGUUUGUGCGGCAGAAAGCAACACCCGCAGCCCCGCGCCCCGUGGCUCCAGGGGUCCCUCACGGGGUCAGGGCAACGCUGGACAGCCCCCAAAACAACCCCUGUGCACCCCAAAACCUGCGGGGAGGGGUCACCACCAGCCCUGUGCAGGUACCUGGAGACCACGGCCAUCCCCCUGACGGACCCCCCCGAAUUCAAGUACCAGUGGGGGCCGCGGGCAGAGAAGGAAACCUCCAAGAAGGACGUGCUGAACUUCGUGGCCAAGGGCACGCCCAGCGCCUCGGCCGUCUCGAUGGUUCUCCUCAUGUGGCUGGUCCACACCUUCAGCUCGCCGAUGUCCUGGCUGCCGAUGAACCGGGCCAGCGCCUGCGCGUACUGGGACAGGGGAUGGUGGCGCUGGUGACCGGCGGCGGCUCCGGGCUGGGCCGGGCCACGGUGGAGCGGCUGGUGGAGCGCGGGGCGCGGGCGGUGCUGCUGGACCUGCCCCGGUCCGGCGGGGCGCAGCUGGCCCGGGAGCUCGGGGAGAGCUGCGCCUUCGCCGCCGCCGACGUGACAUCCCCCGAGGAGGUGGGGGCGGCGCUGGCCCUGACCCGGGAGAAAUUCGGGCGCCUGGACCUGGUGGUGAACUGCGCCGGCGUCGGCAUCGCCGUCAAGACCUACAACGGCAAAAAGGACAAAGUGCACGAGCUGGAGGACUUCCAGAGGGUCAUCAACGUGAACCUGGUGGGCACCUUCAACGUGAUCCGCCUGAGCGCGCAGCUCAUGAGCCGCAACGCGCCCGACGCCGACGGCCACCGCGGCCUCCUGGUCAACACCGCCAGCGUGGCCGCCUUCGAGGGGCAGGUGGGCCAAGCCGCCUACUCGGCCUCCAAGGGCGGCAUCGUGGGCAUGACGCUGCCCAUCGCCCGCGACCUGGCGCCGCUGGGCAUCCGCGUGGUCACCAUCGCGCCAGGUCUGUUCUCCACGCCGCUGCUGGCCGCGCUGCCCGAGAAGGUGCGGAAGUUUUUGGGGCAGCAGGUGCCGUUCCCCUCGCGCCUGGGGGAUCCCGCUGAGUACGCCCACCUGGUGCAGGCCCUGGCGGAGAACCCCAUGAUCAACGGGGAGGUGGUGAGGCUGGACGGGGCCCUGCGAAUGCAGCCCUGAGAGCCGAGGGGACCCACCCGGGGAGCGGUCACGGGUGGGGGGGCACGGAGCGGGGACGGCCGGACGCUCUCCAGGGACGCUGCAAGAGGGGAACGCUGCGGGAACAAGGACUGGGGGACACUGUAGGAGUGGGGACACUCCCUCCUGAGUGGGUACAACCCUCCUGAGUGGACACGACCCCUCCUGAGUGGACACGACCCCCACCGCCAGUGGGGCCACGCCGGGAUUUGGGGACAAAUCGCCAGGACCGUGGCCAUGAGGCCGCUCAGGAAGUUGGGAAACGCCACGAAGGGCACCGAGCUCAGGUGUGGGGGGUUCAUGCCGAGCCCCCCCCGCGCGUGGGGACCCCCCCCGCCCCUCCCCCACGGCAAUAAAGCGUGUUCGCCCACGCGGCUCCGA